UUUCAGAAUUCUAUGAAUCUUCCCCCAGACAAAGCACGGCUGCUUCGACAGUAUGAUAACGAGAAAAAAUGGGAUCUCAUCUGUGAUCAGGAGCGCUUCCAGGUGAAGAAUCCUCCACAUACCUACAUCCAGAAGCUGAAGAGCUACUUGGAUCCAGGAGUCACCAGGAAGAAGUUCAGACGUCGAGUGCAAGAAUCAACCAAAGUGUUGCGGGAACUUGAAAUCUCCCUCCGAACCAAUUACAUCGGGUGGGUACGAGAGUUUUUAAACGAUGAAAAUCAGGGUCUCAAUGUCCUGGUGGACUAUCUCUCCUUUGCGCAGUGUGGAGUUAUGUUUGACUUUGACCUUGUGGAGAAUGGUGAUGAUGGUGCCCUCGACAAGUCGAAACCCUGGGGCAGGUCUAUAGAAGAUCUGCACCAGAGCAAUGUCCUGCCCCUGGCUUUCAGCAACAGCCUCUCUCGCUCUGCCAGGCAAUCUAUCCUACGCUACAACACUUUGCCUGACAGGAAACUCCUGAAGAACUCCCGACUCGUGAGCCAAAAGGAUGAUGUCCAUGUCUGCAUCAUGUGCUUACGGGCAGUCAUGAACUACCAGUAUGGCUUCAACUUGGUCAUGUCCCACCCACAUGCUGUGAAUGAAAUCGCACUUAGCUUGAACAACAAGAAUCCCAGAACCAAAGCCUUGGUAUUGGAGCUCUUAGCAGCAGUGUGUCUUGUGAGAGGAGGACAUGAAAUCAUCCUGUCUGCAUUCGACCACUUCAAAGAGGUGUGCAAAGAAAAGCAUCGCUUUGAAAACCUGAUGGAAUAUUUUCGCAAUGAAGACAGCAACAUUGAUUUCAUGGUGGCGUGCAUGCAGUUCAUCAACAUCGUGGUGCAUUCAGUGGAGGACAUGAACUUCCGGGUCCACUUGCAGUUUGAGUUCACCAAGCUGGGCCUUGACGAAUUCCUGGAGAAAUCUAAGCACACGGAAAGUGACAAACUCCAAGUUCAGAUCCAGGCCUACCUGGACAAUGUAUUCGACGUGGGAGGCUUGCUCGAGGACGCAGAGACUAAGAAUGCGGCCUUGGAGAAAGUGGACGAACUGGAAGAGCACAUGUCGCAUUUAUCUGAGAGGCUUCAGGAGCUGGAGAAUGAAAAUAUGAUGAGGGUAGCAGAACUGGAAAAGCAGCUACUGCAUCGGGAUAAUGAACUGGAAAUGAUAAAGGAGACGUACAAGGAUGCCAGCAGCCAGGUGCAUACAUUGCGGAAGAUGAUAAAGGAGAAAGAGGAGGCUUUACAGCGGCAGUUUCAACUGGAGAAACAGUUGACGGAUCUGCGACACAGCUCUAUUGGUGAUUGUCCCGAUGGAGAUCCUUCCAUGUUAUCUCGAUCUUCCCUGCGUUCGGAUCUAAUCCAAAGCGUUCCUUCAAUACCAGCACCACCAACUCCUCCUCCUCCACCACUCGCUCCACCGUUGCCAGGUAAAGCUACGCACCACACUAUUACAUGA